AAUGAAUCUGAAAGAUGUGGAAGUAACAAAAAGAAGUCUUUUGUGCAGUGAUCAUUUCGACAACACUUGCUUCAGAAAAACAGGAAAAUAUUUAAUUCUAAAUUCUGAUGCUGUUCCAACUUUAUUUGCAAGGAGUAGUGAUGUUGAUAUACAUAAUUCUCAGGAAACUUUUAAUAAUAAAUGCAACAAAAGAGAAGUCUCACCGAAUGGCUUACGAAUUCCAAAAUUAUUAAAAUUAACAGAUUUUGAGAAUAACAAUAUUAUGGAAAACGUAUUAGUUUUAUCCGAAAAAGAUAAAUCUCUAGGUUCUGACAACGCAUUAAUACCAGCAUUCUCUAGUGAAUCAGCCGAAAGCUCUAAUAGCGCAUUACCACAAACAAACUCUGGUACAUCAGCGCAAUCUAGAGUUGUAAUUGAAAAUAAUUUUGAAACACCUAAUGCAAAACAAUGUCGUCAAAUUUAUGAAGACCAUCAUUAUUAUAAUUCACCGAGGUCAUUGAGAAAAAAAUUAAAGAAAAGCGGAUGCAUUAUUUUAACUUUAAGAAAUGUAUCUCGUGUUCAGAAGCAGAAUAUUACACGUUUAAAAAAAACGUGUAUCAUUUUUAACACAAUUGGUAUGUGAAAUUCGGAAAAGAAAAUUAGUUCCACAAUCUGGUCUACAAUGUCUGGAUACGAUUGCCGAAAUCAGCCAUUUCACAUGAAAAUUAUUUUUCUUAAGUAUUAAAAUUAAACAAUCAUAUUUUUAUACUUUUGAAUUUACCCACUACAAAAUGAAAAAUUGCCACCAAUGGUGGCCAACUUCCAACUUUCUACUUGUCACAAGAUUGAAACGGCCAGAGCAUUGGUGUCCUCUAUCCAGUAGUAAUACAAAGAAAUUUAUAAGCGUUGAGAAAUAACUUGACAUAUCGAAUUUAUUCGCGACGUGCUUGAGCGUCAAAUGAAUUAAUAAUUCGUUCUACGAAAGGGUUGAUAGGUUUCACUAUUUUAAACUUUGUCGUCGCUCUAUGAAUAAAUAUUUAACGAUGGCAUGCAUCAUUAUCUUUUUGAAAUUCUACAAAAUAGGGUGAAUAAAGGAAUAAUAAAUAAUCAUUUAUUUCAUAUUCCUUGUUAGAACUAUAGUCUCACUCAUUGAAAAUUUACUCUCAUCUCUACAAAAUAAUAUAAAGUAGAAACUGUUUCACCCUCUGUUACUCUUCUCUCGUAAUAAUAAUCAUUUCUAUCAAAAGAACCAGACUCAACACUUCUAUAUACCACAAAACCUCAAAUGACAAAGAAGAAGCAAACUUUUCAAUUAAAAAGAAAAUAAACUAUUUCUCUAUUAAAAAUUAAUAUAAACAAUUUUUUUUAAAAA